UUAAUUAAAAUCAUUAAAGUGGCGACAAAUUUUUUGUCUAUUUAUUAUUCCUGAACCCCUCUUUCAAUAUACAUAAUCAAUCGAUGAGCUACCGUUUUUAAUGCAAUUUUUCUCUUACAUCUUUUUCUCAAUUCUCACACUUUCUUCUUCUUUCGCUCCCUUUCGAUCUCAAAUUGGAAACCGAAAACAGGAAUUUAGGGUUUCAUUCAUAGCUUUUCAAGAAGUUUCCCGUUCGGGCUCUUUCACCCAUCUUUAGAGCAAUCUGCUUUCACAAUAAGGCAAUGAAGCAAGGAGUAUCCACAUUGAAUCCUUAUGCAGCAUCAUACAUUCCAUUGUCUAAAAGAGAAGCAUCUGAAAAAAUUGAAUUUCCUGGAGUGACUGCAAAAGUUUCUCAGGGUGGCAAUCAAACCGUCUGGUAUGGAUCUGCAGAGCAUGCUACACUGAACAGGCAGCAUGAUCAAGCUUCUUCCAUUCCUCAAAUAUCUGUGCUGAAAAGUCACUCUGCCCAUGGUUUUUCUGGUUCAUCGUCACAAAAUCCCAAUGAAAUGACAGAGAAGCAGAUGAUGGAUGAAGAAUUUGACAUGGAUUUAGAAUACCUUCAGAUGACGUUUCCGGGCAUAUCUGAUGAGUCCCUUAAUGAUGUCUACAUGGCAAACCAGGGUGACUUGGAAGCGACUAUUGAUAUGUUGAAGGAACUUGAGUUUGACCCUUUUGAGUUUCCUGAAAAUCUUCCCGACACUUUGGAUAUUGGUGAUGUUUCUGAAUCUGGUUCACCAGCCGAGUGUUCAUCUGUGAAACUAAAGAAUGUUGUCGGUGAAGCCAGUGCCUCUUCUUCUGGUUCCUCAACAUCAGAGUCAGUGACAGUUACUUGAUCGACUUGGUGAAUUGUUCAGUUAUUCAUCUUUGGUUUUCUUGAAAAUUGUGGAUUAGAAGUAUAUAAGUAGGAAAUAUUUCGUUUGAGGUGGGAAAAAGAGAUAUGCAUAUAUACUACUUGGUUAUGGUUGUAUAGUUCUCAGGUGCUUGUUCCCAGUACUCCCUUUGUUUCUGGGUUCUGUUAUGGGUCAAAAGCCCCUUUGAGCAUGCUGGUUGUAGUUGUCUGAAAUUGAAGUGAUAUUUUGCUCCUUCACGAUAUCUUUUCUUCACAUGUUAUUUGCUAUGUUGUAGAGAAAGGUCGAUGUCAAAAUGGUUGAGUAUAUAUAAAGCUUGAGAUUUGAUCAUUUGAGUA